UUUUACGUGAAUAACACACCAUUUAGGGACGGACUGGGUCACUCUGCGUAUAAAAAACAGAUGAUCCCAUGGGAACGAUCAUUCGGCACUUGGUUUGGGUGCGUUCGACUUCCAUCUGGGUUAUUCUAGUUUUCGUGUGAUUUUUGAUAGUGAUGAAUCAACAAAGUAAUUUGGUAUUCAUGCUAAUCGCCUUGGCGUUAAUAGCGAGCACAGAAGCCUUUUUCCUGAAAUGGGGUUCAGAUUCUGGAACACCACAGCAAAAAUGGAUACAGUCUCUACCACCGAACAUGUCUCCAUCCUACAGAUACCAGUACAUCUAUCCUUACGAGUCACGAAAGGUGUACCAGCCCCAACAGUACGUGCAACCAGAAGUCCAACUACAGCAAAACAUGGCUCCAAUCCCAAUUAGUGUUCCCGCCGGGGCUAGCCUUACGCCCGUAUCCCUUCAACACGUGCAAUUGGUGCCUUGUAUGUGCCCAGUGGCCCCUGAAGAAGCCGAGAAGCUCCAGGAACAGAGUCCCGGACCGUACGUGGCUCAAACUUACACCCAAAGCUACGCUGUACCGCAGCAAGUGUCUGUCGCGGAGUCACCGAAGACCCAAACACAACAAUAAAUAUAUUUUAAUAAUUGUACCGUUACAUGUCCAAUUAAAAAGUAUUUGUUACUCAAAACAAAUGAACUACUUGAGUAGGCGGUAUGGUAUAUAUAGUCAAUAAACCCAGUGUGGUCCUCUUUUGACAGACCGUUAAUUCAAGUCUACUUUUUUAAAUCGUUCGUACAUUGUGGGUCAUUAAAGACACGCGAAACACGGUAAUAUCAAUAUUGUCUAAGAAAAGAGAUUUAUAUCGAGAUAAUUUUAAUAUUACGAUAAAACAAUAUAAUUUAUUUAUGUUUUAAAUAAGACUGAUAGAUUAAGGCAACAGUGUUGUUAUAGAUGGGUAACAUUAUAAUAAAUUAGUAAUUUAA